CUAAGAUCACUCUGAGGUCUAGGGAGUGACUCGCUAGAUCGCUUCAGAAAGGCUGUGAUCAUGACACCCAUGAUGCAUCUGUGGUUGCUCCCACUCCUGUUGAGCAUUGCCUUCGGGAAGGAUCUGGAGGAAAAGAAGGGACUGUUUGAGAACACACAGCUGGAUGUGGCAGAGGGGACACCAGUGCCAUAUGCCAUGCAUCAGUUUCAGGUGACCCAUCUAGGUGUAAAUAAUUUCAGGCUGAGUGGAGAAGGUAAGGAAGACAUUAGGAUUACACAGGACGGGUGGCUGUACCUGGAGAAGCCUCUGGACUGGUCCCAAGAAGAUCAUUACAUGCUCAUGGUGGAGGCACUGGCAGAUGAGGAAGUUGUGGAUGGCCCAAUUUAUGUGACGAUAAAUGUUGUGGAUAUGAACAACAAUGCUCCUUACUUCAACCAGAGCACCUACACAGCUGUGGUCAGAGAAAACAGUCCAACAGGUACCCCAUUUGCACAAGUGUUUGCAUUUGAUCGGGACGACCCAGAGACUCCAAACGCUCACCUGAGCUACAGCCUGGUCAGCCAGAUCCCCAACAACCACCAAGUCCCUCUGUUCCAGGUGGACCCCCAUACCGGAGAGAUCUCCACCACAGAAGCAGGGGAAAAGAUGCUUAAGGCUAGAGAAGGCAUCCACUAUGGCAAAGGAGAAGAUCGCAGCAUUGACGCUCUGAGGACGAAGUUUGACGACUACUGCCCAGUGAAGAACAUCCCUUAUGAGGAAAACCCCUUCUUCACCUGUGUGGAGAAAGCAGAAUUGAGGAGGAGGAACAUGGACCCCCUGGAGGACCCAGACUUCACCCUGUCAGUGCGCGUGCAGGACCUGGGAGGAGCGUCGGAGACGGCGCUGAGUGGAAACGCCAUUAUGCACAUUGUUGUGCAGCAGAACCUUUGGGUCAAUCCUGGCCCGAUAACUAUUAAAGAGCACUUGAAGGAGUCUUACCCUAAGGUCAUCGCAAAGGUCCAGUCCAAUGAGCCCAAUGCCAUCUACACGUUAGUCCAGAAGGAGCGAGAGCUGAAAUUCCCCUUCCAGAUCACAGAAGAAGGAGAAAUACAUCUGACAGAGGAGUUGGAUAGAGAAGACAAGGACAUGUACAUCCUGGUGGUGUUCGCAGUGGAUGAGAUGGAGCAACAGGUGGAUCCACCCAUGGAGAUUCACGUGUUGGUGGGGGAUGUGAACGACAACGCACCCGUGUGUGAAAAUAUGGAGACUGAGUUUGAGGUGCAGGAGGACGAGCCUGAAGGCAGCCUGAUUGGACUGCUGUUGGCUCACGAUGACGAUCAGGCCGGGACAAUAAACUCUUUGCUCACUUACACCAUCCUGUCCCAGAUUCCAGCCACCUCCCCCAACGCCUUCUCCAUCGACGCUGCUUCCGGAAGAAUCCAGGCACUGCGCCCUCUGCAGCGGAAAAACCACCAUGUGUAUAACCUCAACGUCAGAGUCAACGACCCAGCUUACAGCACAGAAUGUAAGGUCGUCGUCAAGGUCAUUGACGUCAAUAACGAGACGCCUCAGUUUGAGAAGACCAAUUACGGCACUCAGUCUCUGUCUGAGGACAUUCCUGUGGGACACACCGUGCUGUCCAUCAAAGCGACCGACGCCGAUGACCCCGACAGCGGCAGCUCGCUCAUCGAGUUCCACAUCGUAGCUGGAGAUGAUGAAGGUGUCUUCAGUGUGCAGACCGACGGCCACGGCGUUGGCCAUGUGGUCGUAUCUAAGCCUCUGGACUUCGAGUCCUCCGUCACCUACAAUCUCCAGAUUGAUGCUCGUAACACGGAGCCGCUGAUGAAGGGUCUGGAGUACGGCAGCGAAUCCACAACCUCCAUCACUGUGUCCCUCACUGACGUGGACGAGGCUCCAGAGUUCAGUCAGGACAUCCUGGAUGUGACGGUGCCCGAAAACACCACCAAGGGAUCGGUGCUGCUCACUGUGGAGGCUAAAGAUCCAGAGGGCAAAGAGAUCCGAUUCACGUUGGACGGUGACUCUCAAGGAUGGCUGGAGAUCGAUGCUGCCACAGGAGAGAUCAAGACCAAAGGAAAGCUGGACAGAGAAACGCUGGAGUCUUUUGAAGUCACUGUCACUGCAUUUGAGAAGGAGAACCCAGAAAAGUCUUCUGAGCGUGUGGUGUCUGUGAGGCUGCUGGAUGUCAACGACAACUUCCCCAAACUGACGGAGAAGCAGGCCUUCAUCUGUGUGAAGAACGCCAAGCCUGUCACCAUCAAGGCCGAGGACACAGACAGCGCUCCCUUCUCCCAGCCGUUCACCUUCGCUUUCGCCCACGGCAAGAAAUCUCCCAACUGGGAACUGAAGAGCGUUGACGGUUCAUCAGCCACACUGACUCUGAGGAAAUCUCCGAUUGAAGAUAAAACCUUUGUAAUUCCCAUUAGCAUUAAAGACAGUACAGGCCUGGGAGUCACACAGUCGUUUGAGGUGAGAGUAUGUAACUGCACAGAGCUGGGUUACUGCUACAUGGCGCCAGUGGAGCGUAAACUCGGUUUUGGGAUGGGACCCACUAUCGGGAUCCUGGCCGGCGUUCUGGGAUUCUGCCUCAUUGUCUUCGUCAUAGUGAUCAAACGUAUUAAUAAAGGGAACAAGAGAAACCUGAAUGAGGAUGAAGAAGAGAAGAAUCCCAUUAAUUAGAGACCACACACAAACACAAACACACACACACACACACACACAAAAUAACACGCACACACCAACACAAACACACAUAUUAACACAACAUUAUUUUAUUGUAUUUACAAGAGAGAGUUAAGUGCUGUGCACAGUUAAUAACUGUCAGGUGGCCCCAUGCUAAUUAUGCAUUUAUAAAGCUUGUUAACAUAUUUUAUUUGAAGUUCACUCCUAGACUCGGGUUGUUUAAUUAGCAGCUAAACUAUCGCACAUAAUCCAAUUUGUUUUUGGCCCAGACCGUUUGUGAGUAAUUCUCUUCUGCCUUAAUGUGUUGUUACAGCUGGAAAUAUCUUUCUUAUUUAGAAACAUCUUAAACCCAGAAUGUCUCUGUCUGUAAUGAACAAUAACUGCUGUGUUUUGUAAGGAAUAGUCAUUGCUUUGUUUCCAAAUAAACAAGAAACU